CUGCCAUGGUCAAACGGAGAAAAGUGCUGAUAGUAGUAUAGUACUAGUGUUCUCUCCAUGGCCGAGGAUGAUCCAUCCUUUUCGUUUGGAGUGAUUGCGGAUGUUCAAUUUGGGGACAAAGACGAUGCUGAGGCAUCGGAAGGCAAUGGACGCAUCAAACGAUACAGGGAGGCUCCAGAGAAACUGUCUAAAGCUGUGAUGGACUUCAACUCUAGAAGGAGCGAAUUGGAGUUUGUUCUUUCUCUCGGAGACAUAAUCGAUGGGAACGUCUCGCCAGAGAAAACCACCGAAGACUUUGAGACGAUCCUGGCUGAACUUCAAAAGCUGGAGCUCCCAGCGUUCCAUGUUUUGGGAAACCACUGCUUGUCAUUGCCGAGGGAAUCAGUCAUGGCACAACUUGGGAUGCCAGCUUCUUACUACGUGCACAAAAUCACCCAUGCUUGGUCUCUGGUAGUUCUUGACACAAUGGACAUGAGCACGAAGUGGUCGGAGGACACACAAAACUUCAAGGAAGCCACGGAAUUUCUUCACGCACAUCCUUUGGGCGACGAUCAUCCCCAAAUGUCUUUGUCGAACGGUGGCAUUGGAUCCAUCCAAAUGUGCUGGCUCAAAGAAGUGAUAGCAAACGCAGAGAGGAACAAGAUCAAACUUAUUGUAGCGGCACACCAUCCGGUAGUAGCCGGCUCGGCUCCGGACGGCCUUCUAGCUUGGAACCAUCAAGAGAUCUCCUCAGUGCUCGUGGAAAGCUCAGCCUUUGUACUGUUUCUGUGUGGGCACCACCAUCCGGGUGGCUACGCAUGUAUCAAUGGCAAGCACUUUGUCACCGUGCAAGCCAUCUUGGAAGCUCCAACAGGCUCACAGGCUCACGCAGUGGUAAAUGUGUUUGAUAGUCACAAAAUCACCAUACAAGGCACCGGUACUGUGAUCAGCCGCGUCCUGGAAAUUUGAUUAAGCCAAAGCUCCUCUAGAAUC